AUGCCGAGCCUUACGGGUGCCGCUGGUAUUCUAAAUCUCAUAAAAAUUAAAGUAGAAAGCUUUAAAAAAAACUUCAUGUCAAAAGACGACAUAGAAGCCGCUAAAAAAAAUACAAAUAAUUUUAUAGAAAUUUUGCAGUCUAAUAUGAAGCCCAAAAGAUAUAAACACUAUACCGAAUUUUUAAAACGUAUUAAUUAUCUUAUAAAGCAAGAAAAGAAAACUGGAAUAUGGUUCGCUAUUUUAGCAUCUUGGUAUAUUAUCAUUUCGGCAAUUAUCACGAUUAUAUCGACCAUCCAAAAAAAUCAAUACAAUGACUCUCAAAAUCAAUUUAAACAUCCAAAUAUAUUUAUGGUUGGAAGCAUCGUUACACUUGGAGCGUUAUGGCUUUUUAAUAUAAUCUUAGCCAAUUGUGAACGAUUCUUUGAACGAGUAUGCAAUAUUCAUUGGAAUACUGUAGAAGGUUUUGGUUUGGGGGGAGUUAUUUGGAAAUUUUGUUUAUUUAUAUUGUAUAUACCUAUAUUAUUUUUAUUUGCACCUUUGGCACUUUAUUAUUUUGUAAUGAGAAGAACUUAUUUAAUGCCCAACAGUAUUUAUGAUUAUUAUUUUGGUGAAAAUAAAUCCGAAAAACAUGAUGAAGUAACAUUUUUUGGAGAAGAAAUACCCAUUGAAAGUGAAAAUCCGGAAAAUAAAUCUUUGGACAACGACAAGAUUGAAAAUGAAAAUUCGGAAAAUAUAUCUUUGGACAAGAUUGAAAAUGAAAAUUUGGAAAAUUCUUUGGACAAUUAUUUAGAAACUUUAAAAGAAGAUAUUGAAAAUUCUUUGGACAAUUGUUUAGAAACUUUAAAAGAUAUUGAAAAUAAAAAUAAAAAUUCUUCGGACAAUUUUUUAGAAACUUUAAAAGAAGAUAUAAAUAAAAUUAUUAAAGAUAUUGAAAAUAAAAAUAAAAAUUCGGAAAAUUCUUCGGACAAGUUUUUAGAAAAAGAUUUAAAUAAAAUUAUUAAAGAUAUUGAAAAUAAAAAUAAAAAUUCGGAAAAUUCUUUGGACAAUUGUUUAGAAACUUUGAAAGAAGAUAUUGAAAAUAAAAAUAAAAAUUCGGAAAAUUCUUCAGACAAUUUUUUAGAAACUUUAAAAAAAGAUAUUAAUAAAAUUAUUAAAGAUAUUGAAAAUAAAAAUAAAAUUAUUAAAGAAAUAGGUGAAACUUGUAGAAAAAUACAAAAACAAGAUGGACUGGAUGCUAAAGUUUUUGUGAGAAAAGUAUUUAGGCUUAGUGUCAAAGACCACCUAGAUAGUAAGCACUAUCAUAAAGUGUUUUUUCAACGAAAAGGUGAAUAUACAUUCAAAAUAGAAUCAAUAGAAUUAACUGAAAAGCAUGAACUUCAACUUAAGCGUCUUUUAUAUGGGUUAUUCUGA